CUUGUGGGGCUCCCAUGUGGGUGUAGCUGAGCUGAAAGCUCACACACAGACCUUGCUUCUCAGAAAGUGGCAAUUUCCAAAUGCCUGUUGUGUGUGCAGCCUGUGACAGCAGCUAAAGAAACAGAGGAGGUUUCCUGGUUGCUGCUGUGAUGCCAGGCAGAUCCAGUGCCAAGCUUUAGCUGUUGUAUCCAACACAGCAGCAUGUGGAUUUCGACUCGGCUGUAUUAACUGAAGAAGAAUUCAAACCAGCCUUAUCAGAAGGAAGGGCAUUCAACUCUGCCUGCAUUGUUAAGCCUAUAGCCUCUGCAGACUGGAAAUUUUGCUGUUUCAUCAUCAUCAGUGAACAAUUGUGGUAUCCCUGUCCUCUAGCACUUUUUCCACUGGAAAAUGGAAAUGAAGAGAAAUAUGGCAAAGUUGUUGUGGCUGCUGAUGUUCUUUUCCAAUAUUGUGCCAUUCAGCUGUGAGAAAUCAAUGAGAGAAAGAGCUAUUGAGCUGAUGCAAGAUGCACGUUUGAUUGAUGGGUAUAUAAAAUAUGUUCAACUAAACGCUCUUUAUGAGUCCUGACAAGUGAGGAGGAAAUGCUGAAGUGUGUGUAGAUCAGCAGAGACAUGGGCUGUUAUGAACACAUAGCACUGAGCUACUGUUGCAGUGACAUAUUGGGAAGGAAUUUUGGUUCAGAGGGUACUUAAUGUAGGACUGUGUUAUUCUAAACACCGUUGUGAUUUUCUGGCCAGGUCUCAUGGUUUAAUCCCAGCUGGCAACUGAGCCCCACACGGCCCUUGCUCACUUGUCCCUCUGGUGGGAUAAGGGAGAGAAACAGAAAAGUGAAAAAACUCAUGAGUUGAGACAAAGACAGCUUAAUAAGGAAAGCAAAAGACAUGCACAAACAAAGCAAAACAAGGAAUUAAUUCACUACUUCCCAUGACUAAGGUGUUCAGCCAUCCCCAGGAAGCAGGGCUCCAUCACACAUAAUAUUUUCUUAGAAAGAUAAACAUUGUGAUUCUGAAUGUCUCCUGCCUUCCUUCUUCUCCCCAACUUUAUAUGCUGAGCAUGACCCAUAUGGUCUGGAAUAUCCCUGUGGCCAGCUGGGGUCAGCUGGCUCAGCUGUGUCCACUCCCAGCUUACUGUACACCCCUAACCUGCUCACUGGUGGGAUGGGGUGAGAAGAACAGGCAGAAAAGAAGAGAGACUUUUAGGCAUCUGUUGCUGCAAGGAUUAUUGGCAAUGAAUAGUCUAUGUGACUACAAACAGUGGAAGAAAUUACACUUGGGUUAGAAAGGGAACAACUUAUUUCUAUCACAAGCCUUAUUUAUUUUCCAUUCUAGCCACAAUGACUUUGUACUGCAGCUGAGAAUACUUUACCAAAAUAGACUCAGUAAAGUCAACUUGAGAGAACUCAAUGUGACCCACACAAACCUUGUGAAACUUCAGGCUGGUUAUGUGGGAGCUCAGCGCUCAGAACAAGGAUGCUGUGCGUCUGACCUUAGAGCAAAUCGAUGUUGUCAAGAGGAUGUGUAACAGCUAUGAAGAACUGGAACUUGUGAUGUCUUCCCAAGGUAUCUCUGACAGUAGAAGGAUUGCAUGUUUGAUUGGAAUAGAAGGUGGCCACUCCAUUGAUAGCAGCUUGGCAACACUGAGGAUGUACUAUGACUUGGGUGUUCGUUACAUGACUUUAACACACUCCUGCAACACUCCUUGGUCUGAAUCAUCAUCAAAAGGAAUACACAACUUUUAUCCUGGUGUUAUUGGUCUGACUGCAUUUGGCCAAGAAGUGGUAAAGGAGAUGAAUCGCCUGGGUAUGCUGAUAGAUUUAUCUCAUACCUCAUACUCCACAGUAAAAGCUGCACUCAAUAUCUCAAAAGCACCAGUAAUUUUCAGCCACUCGUCAGCAUUUUCUGUUUGUAAUCACUCAAGAAAUGUUCCUGAUGAUAUCCUACAUCAACUGAAAAAGAACAAGGGAAUUAUCAUGGUGACUUUCAAUGCAGAUGUACUGGCCUGUGGCAGAAAAGUUGUUAAUAUUUCUACCCUUGCAGAUCAUUUUGACCAUAUAAAGGAAAUUGCAGGCUCAGAAUCGAUAGGAAUUGGUGGUGACUAUGAUGGAGUGGAACGCUUUCCUGAGGGCUUGGAAGAUGUCUCCAAAUACCCUUCAUUAAUAGAGGAACUCCUUAGAAGAGGAUGGAAUGAAACUGAACUGAAAGGAGUCUUAAGGGAGAACUUUCUCCGUGUCUUCAGGGAAGUAGAAAAUGUGCGGAACACUUUUGGAGGAAUGGACGUAGGUGAAAGUGAAAUUCUGGAAGAAGUACAAAAUUCCUGUCGCCUAGACCUACGUAAGCCUCAGCUUCAGCCAUCCAGGUCCUUUGGAUUUCCUUCCAUGGCACAACCUCUUAGUCUGACACUUCUGUCAUGUUUAAUGUUGCAUUAUGUAUCAUGGAUCUAUGGAGCCUAAAGAGAGAUUUGUGGAGUACUCUGCAAUG